GCCCGUCGUCAGCACAACCACUGCUUGGGCACCGCCUCGUUCGUGCGCGUCGUCAGUAUCUUUCACUGCAACGUUGGUGAGGCGCUGUCCCUUACCGCUUGGUCGAGCGAUGGCGUGAAACCGCUAGAAAGGGCAGCAGCAUUGGACAGGCGCCUUCUGCCGGCACCGCGUUGAAGCUUGGGGGCGCCAGCUGUUUUCAUUUGGCCAAAUCACUUUGCACUUGCAAAAGCGCCAUGAGUGACGGACUCUUUGCGGCAUAUGCGGCGACGCUCGGCGUGCUCACGCAGCGCGCGCAGUACCGGUUCCCGCGCCUCCAGUCGAUGGUGUCCUUCUUCGUCUCGAUGGUGCCCGGCGAGCUAUCGCAUCUCUUCUUGGUAUUGCACAGCAUGCUGCUCUACUACCGCCGCACGUCGCAGCGCUGGGUCCAGCUCCUCCACGCCUACGUCAUCUUUCGGCUUGUGCAGCUCUUUCGUAGCAACGCAGCGGCCAAGCACGCCUUUCAAGAAGCGUGCAUCCGCAAGCAGCUGCUGUCGCCCGCGACCGCUGCGACGGCUAUUGGCGCGCGCUCGAUGUGGCAAUGGCUCCUCAUCUGGAGCCCACUCCCCAUGCAGCUCGCGCUCAAGGGCAUGUACCCUGGCGUCGAGUGCCUUGGCACCAAGACGUAUGCGCACGUCGGCAAGCGCGUGUCGCGGGCCAUGCAGAUGGACGUGUUCAAACACAAGAGCUGCGGCCCCAAGCCGCCCGUCUUCCUCUUCAUUCACGGCGGUGGCUGGCUCGUGGGCAACCGGUCGUAUGCGCCACAAGCGCUCUUGCAUCAGGUGUGUUCGAAGGGCUGGCUCUUUUGCUCGAUCGACUACCGCCUCGCGCCUUUUGCCGGCUUUCCCACCAACCUCAUCGACUGCAAGCGCGCGAUUGCGUAUCUGCGCACGACGACCGAACUCGACUUGGAUGCGGGUAUGAUUGUGGUCGGCGGCGAGUCGGCGGGCGGGCAUCUUGCUUCCCUCGUCGCCGUCACCUCGGGCGAAACGCGGUUCCAGCCAGGGUUUGAAGCCGUCGACACGUCCGUCUCGGCGUGUAUUGACGCCUACGGCAUCCACGACGUCCUCGACCGCCACGGCCACUUUCGGAAACGGGACAACGCCGACGGCUUUCGCAAGUACAUUGAGGUCAUGCUCAUGCAAAAGAAGCUGCGCCCGUCGACCAAAGUGCAUUUCCAAGCGGCGUCGUCGCUGCAGUACGUCCUUGAUCGAAAGUAUCCUGUCCCGCCGUUCUUACUCGUCCACGGUGAAUUCGACUCGGUCGUUCCUUUUGAGGAUUCGAAGGAGUUUUAUGACGCGCUGCAGACGAUGCGCGCCGAGACGGCGGCGACCGAUCGACCUCGGAUCCCCGACGUCUUUAUCAAAGUGCCAUCCGCGCAGCACGCGUUCAACAUCUUUACGUCGCCCCGGGCACUCGCCUACGGCGAUACCGUCGUCGCGUUUCUCGAAGCUAUUCGCACCCGCGCGCCGUCGCCCAAACUCUAGUUUGUUCUAUCAAUAUAUCGACUAGAAUCGCAUGUGUUUUC